UUAAACCUGUGGCUUGAAAGAAAGUAACAGUGAGAAUGAAUUUCAUGCUAGUAGACACUUUUAAGACUAGAUUUAGCUGCAGUCGCAUUAGCUUAGAUAAUGGGAGAAUUUUUCUUCAUUGAAAAUGUUCCCUGUCGCUUAAGAAGAACUCACUGAGGCAGCCUGCCAUCUAGCUUUUUCACAGCAAAAUAGGCUUGCAGACUGCAGAUGAGAGACUCGGGAGCAGAGACAAUUUUAACUUAGCCAUCCCUAAUUUAUCUCAAGCUUUUUCAAUUCAUCUUCACUGCUCUAUGCACAUUGGAACACCAGAUUGUCAACCCCUGGGAACAGAAUGCAACCAGGGAUCUGGAGAGCUGUCACAUCCUGAGAAAUAUUUAAAUUGUGCUGAUUUUCUUCUGGAGUGCUGAGCAGAGGGAAUGAAACUCUCCAUCAAGUCAUAGCUUUGCGGGCAAUAGAUCAGAGGAUACUGCCAGUUUUUCUAAUGGAUUAUUGUUAUCGGGCAGGUUCUUCCUGAAGACUAAACUGAAACAGUGAUCUGCUGGAAAAUGUACCUAAUCUACUUCUAGCAAAAUAUCAAAAGACUCUUUUUAGUGAAGCAGUGGUAGAUUGGAUGUCAUUGUGUGACCUUGACACUUAAUGUCAACCCCUUCAGAUAACUGCUAGAUUUGGCAAGGUUGAAAACAGGAAUUUGCACUGUGGAUUUUCUAAUCAGACACCAAACUCGUUCUUUGACUUGAUAAGAGUACUACUGGACAUUGUGAAAGGGCUUGGACUACUAAGAACAGCCUCAAUAAAAUGUCAUUUGUGAUUUUUUUUUUAAAAGAAUUUUUAAAAUUCUUCUGAGUGUCGCAAAUUCAGCAAGAAAAAACAUCGCGUUACCAUGUGAAAAUCAGUCUUGGCUUUUACACAGCUUUCACACAUUUGCAAAGCCUAUAAAGAAAAGCUUCUUCACACUGCAAAGGUGACACUGCUAUAUGCCUUCCUUCACAUGAGACACAGCUUGAAAUAUUUUGAUAAAAUGAGAUGCUUGCGGAAACGAGCAGCAGUGUCAUUCUUAGGAGUCCUUGUCAUUUGCUUGCUGUUCAUGAACUUGUACAUUGAAGAUGGUUAUGUUUUGGAAGGGGACAAGCAAUUAAUCAGAGAAACAGCCACGCACCAGCUCAACUCAGAGCGCUAUGUUCACACUUUUAAAGAUUUGUCUAAUUUCUCAGGAUCUAUAAACAUUUCCUAUCGCUACCUAGCUGGCACGCCUUUGCCAAGGAAAAGGUACCUUACAAUUGGGCUAUCCUCUGUGAAACGGAAAAAGGGAAACUACUUGCUUGAGACCAUUAAGUCCAUAUUCGAGCAGUCAAGUUAUGAGGAACUCAAAGAAAUUGCAGUGGUAGUGCAGCUGGCAGAUUUUGAUUCAGCCUGGUGUGAAGGGAUGGUCCAGGAUAUUUCACAGAAAUUUGCACAUCACAUAAUUGCGGGCAGAUUAAUAGUUAUCCACGUCCCUGAGGAGUAUUAUCCUGUACUGGAUGGCCUCAAGAGAAAUUACAAUGACCCAGAGGACCGUGUGAAGUUUCGAUCCAAACAGAAUGUAGAUUAUGCUUUCCUUCUCAACUUUUGUGCUAAUCUUUCUGACUACUAUGUAAUGCUAGAAGAUGACGUUCGCUGCUCAAAAAAUUUUUUGACUGCUGUUAAGAAAGUUAUUACCUCACGAGAAGGAUCCUAUUGGGUGACUUUGGAAUUCUCCAAACUGGGGUACAUUGGAAAGCUGUAUCAUUCCCAUGACCUCCCACGCCUGGCCCAUUUUUUGUUGAUGUUCUACCAAGAAAUGCCUUGCGAUUGGCUGCUCAUCCACUUUCGUGGGCUGUUAGCUCAAAAAGAAGUGAUACGUUUUAAGCCAUCUCUGUUCCAGCACAUGGGAUACUAUUCGUCCUACAAAGGAGCCGAGAACAAGCUAAAGGAUGAUGAUUUUGAAGAGGAAUCAUUUGAUAUCCCUGACAACCCACCUGCAAACUUGCACACCAACAUGAAUGUAUUUGAAAACUACGAGGCAAGCAAGGCUUACAGCAGCAUUGAUGAGUAUUUCUGGGGCAAAGCUCCUUCUACUGGAGACUUCUAUGGGAUUGUAUUUGAAAAACCCAUUAAAAUAAGUAAGAUUAAAGUUGUCACUGGAACUGAAGACCGGCAAAAUGACAUUUUGCAUCAUGGGGCCCUGGAAGUAGGAGAAAAGAUUGUGGGAAGUAAAAAAGGGAGACAAUGUACUACUUACUUGAGACUAGGGGAAUUCAAAAAUGGGAAUUUUGAAAUAACAAAUCUAGAGCACAAAGUUUUAUUUGAUAUUAACUGCAUGAGAAUACUUGUUACCAAAAGCCAAAAAGAAUGGCUGAUCAUUAGGAGCAUUAGCGUCUGGACUUCUCAAACACCAAAUCAAUAAAGUAAAGCCACCUGAGAAGGUACAGGGUGAAUACAAUCACCUGGGUCACAACUGGUGCCAUUCCCCAGAAAAUCUGACAUUUUCAACUCUUCACUAGAGGCACAGAAAAUCUGUGGAAAUCACAAAUCAAGCAAAGCAAUUUAUUUUUUACUAGUUUGGCCAGGCAAUAUAUGAACACUUCUUUGUUGAAAAUUUUGAAUUUUAUAGGAAAUGUGAAGUUCUCAAACCUCACUUGAGAUCUUGAACUGCUUUUUUAUUAUAAUUUCUCUGUAAAAGAGAUCUUCUGGACUAAACAGAACAAAACAAAACAACGCAUCCAAUAAUUACCAAAAGGUUUAAAGCUAUGACCGGUACGUUGUGAAAAUGAAUUGGUUUGAGCCUUAUGCACAUAUAAAUUUAAAAUGUUACGGUAGUAUGCGUUUGUACAAUAGUUGGUGAUGUGUUUCUUUUAAAGACAGAUGUGACAAGGAAAUCUGUCCUGAAACUGACAGUUUCAUUCUGAGCACUGUAAGAAAAUAGUGUGGCUGAUCACUGCAACUUCUUUUCAGAAGGGAAUGUAUGUAAAAUUAUAAAUCUGACAUGACGACUAUGUAAAAAAUAGAUAAUUGCAUCUGUUAUUCUGUGCCAACAAAUAUCCUUUGUUCUUUUUCCUGGGUCCUUUCACUGAAAUGAGCACUACUUGGUUUCUAUAUUACUUAGGGGACCAUUUUACUCUCCUUGUUAAAAAAAAAAUGCCUCACUUUAAGCAAGCAUUCUGCUCUAGUACAGAUGUUGCUAUCAAACCCAAGCACCUCAAGGGCAACAUUGUUCCUUUAGACAGUCAUCUUCACAUAUCUCAGCUGCAACAUUUUCUAUCCCUUCCAGAUAUGCAAAACUCCCCAUGAGAAAUUUACACACAGCUGGAUACUGCAACACACUUUCAAAGGACUGUUACGCCUUCCAAAUCUACAUGUCCAGUACAUGUAUGAUAAAAUCAUAAAGUGUACUGAGUUAAACAAUUGGAGGUGAAUGUAAUAACCAGUUUUUCCUGGAUCAUCUCUAGCCAACAGAGCAGAUGCAAGAUGAAGAAUCUUGAUUCAAUGAAAAAUUAAUAUGUUUCUACAUUUUUUUAAAGUUUUUAAAUUAGUUUUCUAAUUCUAAUCAUGUUAGUUUUGUAGACAACUUCCCACUGCCUCUGGUUGUUCCCUGUAAGCUUAUUUUGUCUGGCUUCCGCCAAUGAGCAGAAAAGUCUCCACGACUUCAAUGUCAGUUCUGGGUUUUUAGUCCAUCACACAAGGAGGUUGUAUAGCUGUAUGGUUUAUGCUAUAUGCAUACAUAUGUAUUAACAGAAUCUAUGGGGGGUUUUCUCUAAGAAAUUCUCCAGAGUGUUUCUGUGGACACACUAAGAAAUCAAUGAGAAUCAAGCAUGAUGCAGAUGAGAAUUGUAUUGUCAGUCUCAUGAAUACUAUGAUUAUAAUCUAAUUGCAUAUAUGAGUUUUAGUUAAAUCUGGAAGGCAAGGAUUAAAUGUCAAGAAUGCCUGCACUGACAAAGAGUGAGCUAACUACUGUUCUCAGUACAUCCAAAGCUAACAUUUCAGAAGGGUAAAUUAUUCAAAGAUCUACAUGAAACAGCAAUACAAUUGCUCUUUCUGGUUCAUAAAUCCUGAUGAAUCAGGUGCAGGUCGGGAAAAUCCCUCAAUACAGAGGUAAAGUACAUUUAAAAAUAUAUCUUCUAAUAUAUGCUUCUACAUAAUUCAGAAAAGCAUCCUCUUCUCAAAGAAAGUCUUUGUUUCUUUUUUUCCUAAUGCACACCUAAAUCUCUAGUCUUCAUAUACCUAUCUUUGUUAAAAGAGAUUAAAAGCAAUUUUCAAUCUGAAAAGGAAAACAACACAAUAUUUUAAAAUGAAAAAUACAUGUUAACCUCAAAUGGUUAUAAAUACUUAUGAAUGACUUGCUUUUUACCAGUGAUCUUCCACAAUUAUCAAAUCAUUAGUUGAUAAUUAGACAUCAGUGAAAAUAAGUUUUUUUUAAAUGAACUGUCAUUCUUCUCUUUUUCCUUUCCUUUUUUAUUAACUGUUAGUGCUAAAACAAACAUAACUUGGUUAACCAGGAACAUUACCAGUCUGAGAAAGUCAAACCAACAAAUGUCAAGUGAAUGCCCUCAAAGUAAGCUUCCUUAGGAGUGGAUAGUGGCAUGUGCUGGGAAUGAGAGGCAUGCACCACUCUUCUUGUUGAAUUGGAGUUGAUUUGGAAAAAAAGCAACUGGCAAUACAUUUAUUCCAGGAGAGGCAAGAAUGUGUUUCUAUAGGUUAGUGUUUUGAGCACUCACCUUAGUGUCUGAGUUCCAGCUCCUCCUUCACAGAAUGCAUAUUUUAUCCAACUACUUCACAUGAAAAAAGCUGUCAGAUUUUGAAAACAGAACUUAAGUCCAUAAAAUCAAUAACUGUUUUUACAGAGAUUUCAGAAAGAUAUAUUUGAAGAUAUGUUUUUUUUUCAUGUGGUAAGAAAAGUGAUUACCCUCUGAAAGUGAAAUAUUUAAUAAGACUUGUAUAUGUUCAGUAA